AUUUCUUCGAAUGUUGAGCAACGAGUCCCGGAAACAAGUCGGACUCAUUAACUUUGUAAAACUGCUGCGCAAGAUAAAAACGGCCCUGGUAGUAUAUAUGCCAUGUUGAGUUUAUUGUCUUCAAGCUCCCUGUAUCGACAGCUAGACCAGUUCCCUCCUACUGGACUAGAUAUUUCCCUAGAUAGCAGCUAAGAACCAAAUCUCACAAGACAACCACUGGACUUUCCGCAGUGAGGGACGCCGAAUGAGGGCAGUUCAGGCGUCCCAGGAGGCUGCUUGGAUUGGUAGCCGAAAAUCUGACUGUUUCUCAAUCGAACUUAGAUGUCAGCGGGCCGGUGUUUAGGCUCUACGGGCACUCCAAUCAUCAGUACAUCUAGUUAUACCAGAUCAGGCACUACGCCGGACAAUGUCGCUGAAUAGAGUGGCUUCCCUUGAAUCGUGGGAAUCCCACCCCUCUUCAUUCCGCCAGCAGGAGAGGUUCGUCCUAGAACAUGCGGACGACCAUGUCUCCCCUAAAGAAGGGGAGGGCUACGAUUCAGUUCUCGAUUCGAGCACCCAGCUCACACCUGUAGUUUCCGGGCCGCAGCAAAAUACAGUUAUGCGAAAACUAAGUUUUAACCCAGCUGCUGGGCCAUCAUGGACACAUGCGUGCAUUGAUGACGAAGAUGAUCAAGCGUGUCGGCGAAGCCAGCACUCGAUAUCUGAUGAGGAAAGUGCUUUGAUUCCGAGCGAUGAUGGCUGGGAGCCGGACACUUUAGCUGCUUUUGAAGUGCCGAAGGGGAAACGCGUCGCCCAAGUAUUUGUGGCUGUAGUGUAUUGUGUUCUGUCAGCUGGUGUAAUAUUUGGGUAUGCCGCUCUGAAGCCAAUUCUCAUGGAGGAGGGCGUAUAUAGAAAUCGAUGUACCGAAAAAGAGAUUGAAAGAGGUGAACGACUCUGCUACAAUCAAGAUCUCAGGUUAAAUUUCAUGUUUACUCUUGCGGCGGUUGCAACGAACAUCUGUGCUCUUCCUGCGGGUAGUAUCGUCGAUAUGUUUGGCCCACGUUUCAGCGGGAGUAUUGGUAGCAUCUUUAUCGCAUCUGGAUCUCUUUGUCUUGCUCUAGCCUCUCUCCUGCCAUUCGAUACAUAUAUUGCCGGAUAUUUUCUUCUGGCUAUUGGCGGUCCAUUCGUGUUCAUAUCCGCAUUCCAGUUAUCCAACACGUUCCCAGCACACUCCGGUCUUGUGUUAGCGACGCUCACGGGCGCCUUUGAUUCAUCAAGCGCCCUUUUCUUGGUUUUCCGUAUUGUUCAUGGAGGAUUCUUCACACUGCGCAACCUUUUUCUUCUUUACCUUAUUGUUCCUGGCUUUAUCUUCAUCUCUCAGAUUCUACUUAUGCCAUCGACCUCUUACAAAACAGCCGGCGAGCUGGUACAGCAAGCCGAAGAUCUUAUGGCCGAAAGUUCAGAGGAGAACGUCCCUGUCACCCCAGAGCAGGAGCGACAGCUCGAAAGCCGCGUCACAGAGCGUAGAAAUAAAAUAUCAAACAUCCAAGACCUUCUAGGCGCCCACGAACAACCGAAAACUACCCCAACUCCUUCAGGUCCUCCACAAGCCCCAUACCCACCACCCGACGCCCGCAAACCAGACAGUAUCUGGGGCGUCCUACACACGGCCUCAGCCCUCCAGCAAAUCCGCUCCCCUUACUUCAUCCUCAUGACCGUCUUCACCGUCCUCCAAAUGCUGCGCGUAAACUACUUCAUCGCCACCAUACGCCUACAGUACGAAUACCUCCUCUCCUCCCCUCAGCUCGCAAAACACAUAAACGACCUCUUCGACAUCUUCCUUCCAGCCGCGGGUAUCGUCGCCAUCCCAUUCGUCGGCUUAAUCCUCGAUAGAACGAGUACCAUCACAAUCCUAGCCACGCUCGUCGGCUGCUCAACCCUCAUCGGCAUCCUAGGUUGUAUCCCUCACAGCCUGUCCGCAGGGUACGCGAAUAUCGUUCUUUUCACUCUCUACAGACCCUUCUACUACGCCUCCGUAUCCGACUUUGCGGCCAAGGUCUUUGGCUUCCAGACUUUUGCCAAGGUAUACGGGCUCAUGGUAUGUGUUGCCGGGAUGGGGAAUUUUCUGCAGGUACCGCUGGAUGUGUUGAUGAUGAAAUUAUUUCGGCGGAAUCCGAUUCCGGUAAAUAUUUUGCUGACGAUUAUGGUGUCUAUGGCCGGGGCGUUGUUGGUUUUGGUUGUGGGAUGGCCGGGGAGGGAGCGGACGGAGAUUGUUGAUGUUGUUGUUGAGAAUGGGGAGAUAGGAGAGGGCUGUGGUGCUCACAGUAUUAAUGAUAAUGCUUUACGGAAGCAUAGGUCAGGGAGAGAGAUUCGGGACUAUGCUUAUUAUCGUGACGGUGAUGAUGGUGAGCGGGGCGAGAGGAAUCGACUGAUUGUAAGUGAUCAUCAGGAGGGCGACAAGGGCUCUGCGCGUGCGUAUGGGGCUAUAAGGGAUGAGUAAUUCUAUUAAAUUCUGCAUUUAUCAAGGGCUCGAAUGAUCUGGAGUUUCUGGUCUUGUUUAUUAUGAGGAGAGGAUAUGCACCUCCCAGUGGCAGCUUGGAGAUUUAGUUAUGGUCAUGUUGCUUCCUGUCCAAUACCGCUGAACAUAUGUAUACUAUAAAUAGAAGAAUAUUUAAAUAUGUGUACGUCUAUAUAUGUAAGAUGGUUGCUUGAAAAUAUAUCAAGCCUGGCUACUCUUCAC